UCCAGCGCGCGCCCGGCACCUAGGAGCUGUGGUUUCUGGGCCCCCCAAGGAACCGCAACACACGCCAGCCUAAAUCGCGCGUGCCUACCUCAGGUGGAUGUUCGCUGGGUGGCGAAUGCAUGUCCGGGACCUGCGGGGGCAUUAGAGGGCCCUGAGCCUUGGUGCAGAGAGGCUCUAGGGGCUUGGAGAACGAGUCUAGACUUCAUAUUUACCAAGAUAACUUGAAAAUGAGCAGCCGACGGAAACGUGCUCCUCCAGUGAGGGUAGAUGAGGAAAAGCAACAGCAGCUUCGUUGGAAUAUGCAUGAGGACAGAAGGAAUGAACCUCUCACCUCAACUGAUGACGAGCAGUCCUGCCCAGGUUUGGACUCCUCUUCUGCUCACUGCAUCAUCCUAGAUGAUAGUCUAAAGGAAGAAGUGGCUCACAAAGAUAAGAAGAGGUGUCCAGAAGUGGUGAGCGUCUCAAAAUCAGUUGAAGAAGAGACUGGUGGCAUUUUUUCCCCUUUGUCUCCAAAGCUGAAUAUUGUGAUUUCUCCCUGUCACUUUGAUAAUUCUUGGAAAGCAUUUCUAGGGGAAUUAACUCUUCAGCUUCUUCCUGAACAGAGUUUAAUUGAAAAUUUUUCUGAAAGGAGUUUUACACUGAUGAGUUCAGAGUCGAGCUGUCAGUUUGUGAUCUAUGUUCAUUCAGAAUGCGAAGAUAUAGAGAAAAAAGAAAGAGGACUCAACGAGCCAAUCAGUAUUUGUGACAAAGGUAUUCAAGUGGAAUCAUCCUUUAGUGGUGAAAUGUUAGAAGAUUUGGGGUGGCUGCAAAAGAAGAAAAGAAUAAAGCUUUACCAAAAACCAGAAGGAAAUCACAUUAUCAAGGUUGGAAUUUAUCUUUUGGAAGGUGGCCUAGCAAAACUAGAUUUUCUGAGUGAUGCAAACUCAAGAAUGAAAAAGUUCAAUCAACUCAUGAAGAGAGUGAUGGAAAAGUUAUACAAUUUUAUUAUUCCAGAUGUGUUGGAAGAGGAUGAGGAAGAUUCAGAGAGUGAGCCAGAGGGACAGGACAUUGAUGAACUCUAUCACUUUGUGAAGAAAACACAUCAACGAGAAACUCCAUGCAUCCAAGUGGAUGUCCAGCAUCCUGCACUGACUCCUGUGUUGAGACCAUACCAAAGAGAGGCUGUAAAUUGGAUGCUACAACAAGAGCAUUUCAAAAGCACCCCUGCUAGUGAAAAUGCCCUGCACUUCCUAUGGCGAGAAAUUGUUACAUCUGAGGGUUUGAAACUCUACUACAAUCCAUAUACAGGCUGCAUCAUCCGUGAGUACCCAAAUGCUGGGCCACAGUUGCUUGGUGGAAUCUUAGCAGAUGAGAUGGGUCUGGGAAAGACAGUAGAGGUUUUGGCUCUGAUUCUGACACAUACUCGACAAGAUGUCAAACAAGAUGCUCUCACUCUUCCUGAGGGAAAAGUGGUGAAUUAUUUCAUUCCAUCACAUAAUUCUGGAGGAAAUGUAAAAAACACAGAAACCCAGAAUAUGGAAUUUGAACCAAAAGAAAAAGUUCAGUGCCCCCCUACACGUGUGAUGAUCCUGACAGCUGUUAAAGAAAUGAAUGGAAAAAAAGGAGUUUCCAUUCUUUCCAUCUACAAGUAUGUCAGUUCUAUAUAUAGAUAUGAUGUUCAACGGAACAGGAGUCUUCUGAAAAGGAUGCUGAAAUGUUUAAUUUUUGAAGGUCUUGUGAAACAGAUCAAAGGCCACGGUUUUUCUGGUACUUUUACACUGGGAAAGAAUUACAAGGAAGAGGAUAUACAUGAUAAAACAAAAAAGCAGGUUGUGGGGAGUCCAAGGAAAAUUCAGAAAGAAUCCAGAAAACCAGGGAGCAAGGACACAGAUUCCGAAUACUUGCCAUCAAACACCUCUGAUGAUGAUGAUGAUCCUUACUAUUAUUACUAUAAGGCCAGGAGAAAUCGUAGUAAAUUGAGGAAAAAGCCUGUUGUUCCAUCCACAAAAAAGGAAAAAAGUCAGCUUAACAUCAAUCUCAACUCACAGGAUCACUGUCCAGCUACUGGUGACUCUGCAGUUACUGAUGUUACCACAUCUGAAAGUACAUGUGUCUUUGAAGUCAAGCAAAAACAUGCAGCAAAGGACCAAGCUGAAUCUCUAAAUCCUGUUGGUCAUGACAUGCCACAUUCUAAUAUCAUGGGUCCCUAUAAUUCCUCCAAUUAUCACUUUGAGUGCAUAUGUGGUGAAGUUGACCAGGUAGACCGUAAGCCUCGUGUUCAGUGCCUGAAAUGCCACUUGUGGCAGCAUGCAAAAUGUGUGAAUUAUGAAGAGAAGAAUCUGAAGAUUAAACCUUUCUACUGCCCCCACUGCCUUGUUGCCAUGGAGCCAGUAUCAACAAGAGCAACGCUGAUCAUCUCCCCUAGUUCCAUCUGUCAUCAGUGGGUGGAUGAAAUCAAUAGACAUGUGAGGUCAUCAUCUCUUCGGGUCUUGGUAUAUCAAGGAGUGAAGAAAGAUGGUUUUUUACAGCCUCAUUUUUUGGCAGAACAGGAUAUAGUCAUCAUUACUUAUGAUGUCCUUCGUUCAGAACUAAACUAUGUAGAUAUCCCACACAGCAAUAGUGAGGAUGGGCGUCGCUUAAGGAACCAGAAGCGCUAUAUGGCCAUUCCGAGCCCCCUUGUAGCUGUGGAGUGGUGGAGGAUUUGCCUUGAUGAAGCUCAGAUGGUUGAAUGUCCUACUGUAAAAGCUGCAGAAAUGGCUCAGCGCUUAAGUGGGAUUAACCGCUGGUGCAUCAGUGGCACUCCAGUACAGAGAGGAUUGGAGGAUCUUUUUGGGUUAGUGGUCUUUCUUGGUAUUGAACCUUACUGUGUCAAACACUGGUGGGUUCGACUUCUCUAUCGCCCUUACUGCAAGAAGAAUCCUCAGCUCCUCUACAGCUUUAUUGCCAAGAUACUGUGGAGGUCUGCAAAGAAAGAUGUGAUUGACCAAAUCCAGAUACCCCCUCAGACAGAAGAAAUCCACUGGCUCCACUUUUCUCCAGUGGAAAGACAUUUCUAUCACCGUCAACAUGAAGUGUGCUGCCAGGAUGCAGUAGUAAAACUCAGGAAGAUUUCUGACUGGGCUUUGAAGCUCAGCAGCCUGGACAGAAGGACUGUCACCUCCAUCCUAUAUCCAUUGCUGAGGCUCAGGCAGGCCUGCUGCCACCCACAGGCUGUUCGUGGGGAGUUCUUGCCACUCCAGAAAAGCACCAUGACAAUGGAGGAACUGCUGACAUCUCUGCAGAAGAAAUGUGGAACUGAAUGUGAAGAAGCACAUCGGCAGCUAGUUUGUGCCCUCAAUGGCUUAGCAGGCAUCCACAUCAUUAAAGAUGAGUAUGCCUUGGCAGCAGAACUGUACAGAGAAGUGCUGCGUUCAUCUGAGGAACACAAGGGAAAGCUCAAAACUGAUUCAUUGCAAAGACUUCAUGCUACCCAUAACCUGAUGGAAUUGUUGAUAGCCAAGCACCCAGGGAUACCUCCUACCCUGAGAGAUGGCAGACUUGAGGAAGAGGCCAAACAGCUGCGAGAGCAUUAUAUGAGCAAGUGUAAUACAGAGGUUGCUGAAGCACAACAAGCUUUGCUGCCGGUGCAGCAGACCGUACGUGACCUCCAGAGAAAGAUUUAUUCUAAUUCUCCUUGGUGGCUGAAUGUGAUACACAGAGCAAUGGAAUUUGGUAUUGAAGAGGAACUUGUUCAAAGAGUGCGAAAUGAAAUAACCAGCAACUACAAGCAACAAACUGGCAAGCUUUCUAUGUCAGAGAAGUUCCAUGACUGCAGAGGUCUUCAGUUCUUACUUACAACACAUAUGGAAGAGCUAAGUAAGUUCCAGAAGCAAGUAAGAGACGCUGUAAAAAAUCUGGAGGGACCUCCAUCUCGUCAUGUUAUUGAGUCUGCAACAAUCUGCCACCUCCGGCCAACCAGGCUUCCUCUCAAUUGCUGUGUCUUUUGUAAGGCUGAUGAAUUGUUCACAGAGUAUGAAUCGAAGUUAUUUUCUCACACAGUCAAAGGCCAGACUGCAAUAUUUGAGGAGAUGAUAGAAGAUGAAGAAGGACUGGUGGAUGAUCGAAUACCUACCACCAACCGGGGUCUGUGGGCAAUAAGUGAGACAGAGCGAUCCAUGAAAGCUCUGCUAUCGUUUGCAAAAUCACAUCGAUUUGAUGUUGAAUUCAUUGAUGAGGGAAGUACUUCAAUGGAUCUCUUUGAAGCUUGGAAGAAAGAAUAUAAGUUGCUUCAUGAAUAUUGGAUGGCUCUGAGGAAUCGUGUGUCUGCUGUUGAUGAGCUUGCAAUGGCUACAGAACGACUAAGAGUACGUGAUCCUAGGGAGCCAAAGCCCAGUCCACCAGUUCCUCAUAUCAUUGAACCACAUGAGGUAGAACAAAAUCGUAUAAAACUACUAAACGAUAAAGCUGUUGCUACAUCACAGCUUCAGAAAAAACUCGGGCAGCUUCUUUACCUAACUAACUUGGAGAAGUCUCAGGACAAAACAUCAGGAGGUAUUAAUCCAGAACCUUGUCCAAUCUGUGCUCGGCAACUGGGAAAACAGUGGGCAGUACUGACCUGUGGGCACUGUUUCUGUAAUGAAUGCAUUUCAAUUAUUAUCGAACAGUACAGCGUGGGGUCUCACAGGAGCUCCAUUAAGUGUGCCAUCUGCCGCCAGACCACAUCUCAUAAAGAAAUCUCGUAUGUCUUCACCUCAGAGAAAGCCAGCCAGGAAGAGGACAUCCCUGUGAAGGGCAGCCAUUCUACAAAAGUGGAAGCUGUGGUCAGAACUCUGAUGAGAAUCCAGCUGAGAGAUCCAGGGGCUAAAGCACUUGUUUUCUCAACGUGGCAAGAUGUAUUAGACAUUAUUUCAAAAGCUCUCACUGAUAACAACAUGGAAUUUGCACAGAUCAGUCGUGUUAAGACAUUUCAGGAGAACCUUUCAGCAUUUAAACAUGAUCCCCAAAUCAAUAUUUUGCUGCUGCCCCUGCACACAGGUUCUAAUGGAUUAACUAUCAUCGAAGCAACUCAUGUUCUCUUGGUGGAGCCCAUAUUGAACCCUGCCCAUGAGCUUCAGGCCAUAGGAAGGGUGCACCGGAUUGGACAAACAAAACCCACUAUUGUACACAGAUUCUUAAUUAAAGCAACAAUAGAAGAAAGAAUGCAAGCAAUGCUGAAAACCGCCGAGAGGAGCUACCAAGAAAAGUGCUGCCUCUGCCCUGAAAUCACAAGGCCACAGCGGAUCCCAGAUAUAAAGAAACAGUGAAACCUGCUGAGGAGACUACCAUUCAGGAUAAGACACUAUAGUGUGUCUCUUAUACUAGACAAAAUCGUGGGUCGUUUUCCUUUUCAGUUGGAGGCAAACUGGACCUUAAAAAGCACUGAUAUCCAACAAUAAAAAGACAAAUAAUCCAAUUUUUAAAUGGGCAAAGGGUUUUUUUAAUAGAAAUAUUUUUAUUUCAAAACAAAAACAUCAAAAUCUUAAGAAGUCUAAGAGUUCUAUAAAAUUACUUCAAAAAACAUCAUGUAUAUUUUGUAUUGCCACAAUAUAAUAUCACUAAACAUGUUUGCCCUCAAAUACGAUUAUCAGGUAGUCAGUACAAACAGUAGCCAUUCUAACCUUAAGGGGUUUUUUUUUCCAGCUUUAAUGAGGAAUAAUUGACAAAUAUAAUUGUAUAUAUUUAAGGUAUACAAUGUGAUGAUUUGAUAUACAUAUACAUUGUGAAAUGAUUACCAAAAUAAGACAAUUAACACAUCUAUCACCUCACAUAAUUAACUCUGUAUGUGUGGUAAGAAGACUUAAGAUAUAUUCUCAGCAAGUUUCAGUAUACAAUACUAUAUUAUUAACUAUGGUCAUCAUGCUGUACAUACUCAUAACUGAAAGUCUGUAAACUUUGACAUAUAUCUCCCAUCUGAGGAAGAUAAGUGACCAAUAAGCACAUGAAAAGAUGAUCAACAGCAUUAGUCACUCGGGAAAUGUAAAUCAAAACCAUCAAAACCCUAAUGAAGAGGUUGGUGGAGGGGGAGAGAGGAAUGAAUAAGCAGAGCCCAGAGGAUUUUUAGGGCAGUGAAACAAUUCUGUAUGAUGGCUACAAUGGUGGAUACAUGCUACUAUUUAUUGUCAAAACCUGUAUAGAGUCUACACCACCAAGAGUGAACCCUAAUGUAAACUAUGGACCUUGAGUGAUAACGAUGUGACAAAAUAGGUUCAUCAGUUGUAACAAGUUACAAAUUUACCACUUUGAUGUGUGAUAUUGAUAGUGGGAGACUUGGGGGUAGGUGGAGAUGGGUGGGAGGUUUCUGAGAACACUGUACGUGCUGCUCAAUUUUUCUGUGAACCUAAAAUGGCUUUAAAAAAUGAACUCUAUUAAAAAAAAAGACACACAAUGAAAUAUCAUUUCACACCCACUAGGAUGACUAUAAUCAAAACAAUGACAACUUUGGGCAAGGAAAUGGGAAAUUGGAAGCCUCAUAUAGUGCUGGUGGGAAUGUAAAAUGGUAUAGCCACUUUGGAAAACAGUUUGUCCAUUUCUUAAAAAGUUAAACAUACACUUACCAGCUAUGCAACUCCUAAGUGUUUACUGAAAAGAAAACAUAUAUCCAUACAAUGAUUUGAAUGUGAAUAAUUUGGCAGUUCUGCAAAUUGUUAAACAUAGAGUUACCAUAUGACCCAGCAAUUCCAUUCCUAGGAAUAUUAGUCAUCUAGGGCUGCCAUAACAAAAUACCACAGUCUGGGUGGCUUAAACAACAGGAAUUUUAUCCUCACAGUUCUGGUGGCUAGAGGUUGAAGAUCAAGGUGUCCUCACAUGGUCUCUCCUCCGUGUGCAUCCACCCCUAGUGUCUCUCUUCUUAUAAAGACACAAGUCAUAUUGAAUUAGGGCCCCCACCCUAAAACUUGUUCUUAUCAGCAUUAUUUACAAUAUACAAAAGUGGAAACAACACAAAUGUCGGUCAGAUGAUACAUGGAUAAACAAAAUGUAUAUAUUUACAAUAGAAUAUUAUUUGGACACAGUAAAGAAAAAAUGUACUGAGACAUGCUACAAAAGGAUGGAUCCUGAAAACAUGCUAAGUGAAAGAAACCAGUAGUAAAAAAUACUAUAUGCUCCUAUUUAUAUGAAAUGUCUAGAAUAGUCAAAUCUAUAGAAUCAAAAAAGUACAUUAGUGGUUGCCUAGGUCUGGGGGUGCUGGGGUAUGUGGAGUGACUGCUAAGGGGCAUGAGGUUUCUUUAUGGCAUGAUGAAAAUAUUUUAGACUUAGACUGUAGUGAUAGUUACACAAUUCUGUGAGUAUACUUAAAAAAUUGAAUUGUACACUUCAGAUGGCUGGGUUUUAUGGUAUAUGAAUUAUAUCUCAAUAAAAACAUU